GUGCGCUGUGUCCUUCGGACACAGUGGAUCACCGAUCUAAAAAAAGAGCCGAAGAUGUCGGCUCAGUCAUGUGAUCAGCUGUGUCCAAUCACAGUUGAUCACAUGGGACAUGUACACUGAUCAUCAGGGCACUGAUGAUCAGUGUGCCCUGAUGAUCAGUGUGGCCCCAGAAGUGCCAGCUGUCAGUGUCCAUCAGUGCCAGCUGGCACUGCUGAACAGUGCCACGUGCCGGUGCACACAUCAAUGCCUACCCACAUCAAUCAGUGCCUACCAGUUCACAUCAAUGCCACAUAUCAGUGAAAAUCUGAGCUGCCUUUCAGUGUCACCCAUCAGUGCCAGUCAGUGCCACCUAUCAAUGCCAAUCAGUGCCACCUAUCAGUGC